CAUCCAUUCCCUCUCUACUGCUAAGUGCUAUGGCUCCUAUGGAUCAAAAGCUGCUACAAGAACUCGUUGGAUUCCUACAUGACAAGAAUCCACAAGUCCGUGCUGUCGCUGCACAAGAGCUGGUGCCAUAUUCGUCAAAUAAGAACAACUUGACACAUAUCUUCAAGGCCAACAACUUUCGUGCCAUUACAGAUCUGCGCAUUCUCGUGCUAGAUGAGCCGAAAACGGCACACGACUCAUUGACUUGUCUCAUCAACCUCAGUCAAGAUUUGCUCAUUCGCGCCAAACUAAUGGAUGAUCUCUUCUUCAAUCAACUGUUAGCCAUCAUUGUGAGCAAAGACCAUGGAUUGGCUGAUUUGGCGUGCAUGCUCCUCUCAAACUUGGCAAAAGGAGACCAGAUCAAGUCCCUCUUGACACUCAAGCGCAAGUCUCUUGGAGACAUCUCACAAUCUACCGAGGCCAUGAACCAACUUAUGGAUUGUUUUGUGCAGGGUGCUGAAAAGAAGCUCAACCCAUACGCCAACUUUGACUUUCUUGCAAACUUGUUUUCCGACUUGACACGUUUCGAGGAGGUUCGUCUAUUCUUCCUGCAAAAGCAAGAUUACGACGACACCGUACCGCUCAGUAAACUUGUUGUCUUUACAGAAGUCGAGUCGCAUGUUCGCAGAACGGGCGUUGCCUCUGUCAUCAAGAAUUGUUGCUUCGCCGUCAAGAAUCAUCCUCAAAUCUUGGAUGAAGCAGGCAUCAACAUCUUGCCCUACAUCCUUGCGCCCUUGUGUGGACCUGAUGAGUACUCGGAAGAGGAGAAUGAAGGUAUGUUUGACGAAUUACAAUUACUACCGGAAGACAAGAAACGCGAAUCGGAUCCGUUUGUUGUGACGAUUCAUUUGGAUACGCUGUUGCUACUGUGCUCGACGCGGGAAGCAAGAGAUCAUUUGCGGAAGCGGCAAGUGUAUCCCAUCAUACGGCAGCUGCAUCUUGCAUUGCCGAAUGAGGAGGAAGUGUCUGAGUGCUGCGAGAAGCUGGCAAACAUGCUCAUGCGUGAUGAAGAAGAUGAGGAAAGCAACACGAUACCACCGCAGACACUUGCAGCGCUUGAGGAAGAAGAUGAAGAGAUGCUCAUUCAAGAGCUUUGAGAAAAAGGUCACAAGAGUUUAAUGAUGGAAAUAAAGUGUCGUCUAUACAACGGUCGCUGAUGCAAGUUGAGCUGCUGUAAAAUGGUCUAGAUGCCAAAGGAUGUAGUUGAAACAUGUGUG